UUACGCCACUCGUAUAAAAAUGAGUGGUACCAUAACAAAAACAACAGUAUCUCCUCAGCUUUUAGCCCAACACCUCCUCCAGCUCCAGCAAUCAUGUCUAGAGUUUUUGUUGUCAUGGUCGCCAUCUUAGCGACCGCUUCUUCCAAACAACAAAAACUGAGCACGAUUGCAGACCCUCAAGCCCAAUCAACCGCCCAAAUCGCAGCCAUCGAAUUCGAAGGAGACUAUUCCGCCCACGGGGGCAAGAAAUACUCCUCCAGUGCUGAGCUUACUAGCCUUGCUCACUCUUCGGCCCAGCAAGCCAAAACGGCUGUCCGUAAUCAACAAACUGCCGGACUGCAAGCCGCCCUCGGGGCCCAAACCGGUUACGCCCGCGCCGCUCUCGAGGCCGCCGCCGCGGCUCAAGUGGCCCUCGUAGCCAAACAAGUUAUCGUGCAGAAUAUCGAAAAGGACAUCGAACACGCCGCCCACCAGUUACAAGCCGAAGAAGCGCAGUAUCAGCAGUCAUUACAAGCCGCCAACGCCGCCCAAAACGCCGCUCAGCAGAGCCAACAACAGUUAAGCGCCACCACUGCCGCUCUCGCAGCCGUGCAACAAGCCGUAGCACAGACUGAACGCGCUGCUGCCGCCGCCUCCUCUGCAGCUGCCAGUCAGCAUCAGAUGAUUCAAGACGCGCAGCAGAGGUUAGCGAGACUUCAUGAGAAAUUGCAUGCAGCGUUGGGAGGAUUGGAGGAGACUAAAAUUUCGGCUCAGAAGGCGACCGCGGCGGCUCAGAUUGCUCAAAGCAAUGCAGCGGCCUCGGCGCAGUUGGCAGUGGUGAACAGCGCGAGUAAUCAGAUAGACGAGCAUGGUGCUCAUGAAUAUCAUCAUUGAUUUUGAGGUGCAUUGUGUAUCAUCCAUUCUGUAAAUAAUCAUUUUAGAAGAAAUACAUCAUGUUUUA